AUGUGGAUCUUAAGAUACCAAUAUGAGCUGGAUGGAGGGAAUCUCAAUAGCGUGUCAUUUUGCAUCAAUAGCGAGCAAAUAAACUCUAUUGGACGCUCUAGUAAAAAUAAUCUCGUUAUAAGAAACGACAAAAGCAUAUCAAGAGAGCAUCUUCGGUUUAGUUGGAAAAGGAACGAAUCAUCUUUGAAUUUUACUAAUAAAGGAAAACUAACAGCUGCUAAUGGUAAAUAUUUAAAGCCUGACGAGACCAUCAGCUUCGAAGAAUCAUUGUAUCACUCACUGCCAAUAGUAAUAGAGUUGGGAACAAAACCGACACGAAUAGAAGUUCGAAGACAAGAAGAGGUUUGGGAUAUUCCAUCCGAUCUAUCUAAUUUUGAGCCUGUAUUGAAAAUCAGUGGAAUAGAUGUAAUUUCAAACCGGAAACGUGAGAAUACAUGCAACUUGAUGGUUGCUAGCAAUAACGUCAUAUUGAAUCGGCUUCGACAUCUCUUUGCACUAAUAAAUGGCAUAAAAUUUGUGAAUUCUGAAUUCCUAACUCGUGCUAGCACAAUACUAUGUCAAAAACAGGACAACUUUGAUGAUUUAUGGUCAGAUUUAAGAGAUCCUAAAUACCUGAUGUACUCUGAUACUCCUGCGCAUAAAAAACAUGUCAGUCUUCUCGGGUUGAAGUUUUAUGUCUUGGGUGGUGAUAGCGAAGAAAUUGAUCUCGCUAGAAGUUCCAUCGAGGCAGUUGGUGGCAGUGUAAGUACCUGCGAUAUCGCAUAUUUGGAACAUGCCUUGCAGCACGAGCGUUCGAAAGAGAGCAUAAUAAUAAUCCAAUUAAGUGGGGAGACUUCAUUACCCACUAAUAUAGAAGGUCGCACUAUUGAUCAAUUGAUCAAUGCUUUUUCAAAAGAAGACGUGGAGUCACUAUUGGGUGGCAUAUCAGAAUCUGACUCUGUAUUAAAAAGUGCAACUUUAAGUCCAACACAGAACAAUGAUGCCCAACAGUUAUCACUCAAUGAUAAGUCAAGUAUCCUCCCCAUGCGCCCCUUGAAAAGAAGAAGGGUGACUAGACAGACGAUCAAACCUCUGGAUAGUUUGAUGUUUUUCGCCGGUGGAGAUAGUAUUGUAGAUGAUUCGAUAAAAAACGAUAGUCAGAAACAAAUUAGUCAAAUUCCUGAAUUGCUUAAUAGAAAAUCGUCACAAAUCGAAAUACCUGCAGCUGAGCAGGCAUUGACGAUGAGUGAAAAACAGCCAGAAACCUCUUGUUCCACUCAUUCCAGUGUGAUAGAAGAGAGUACUAAGCGAAAAAGAGAUGAAUCAUCUAACAAUAAACAGUGUGAAGAUGCCCUCCAAGAUAAACGAGUGCACACUUUCGCAGUUGCAAUCGGUACUCAUGAGAAUCCCGACCUCACCAUUGCAAAGAGGGGCAAAAAAUCACUAAAUACACACACAUUGCCAAAAAAUACUAGGAAAAAGACAUUAACUGAUUACAAAAUCGAUAGCAAUAAGUCUGGUGAAGAUGAAACAAAGCAGGAUCCUCAAGAUUUAGUUCAGGUGAUUCAAGAUACUAAAAAUCGUGAAGUAAACAGGCUGAGGUCGACUUUGGUACAAGUAUCUGCGGAUGAACUGACUGAUGAUGCCAUUAUGAAACUUGGAAAUAUCACUCUUGUAGAGCGCAAUGACUCACUUUAUCGCCAUGACUCUAGCAAACAAGUUUCAGGAGAUAAGGCAGAAAAACAAGCGUUUGAAGGUCGAAAAAAUUUCAAAGUGUUCACCAAAUCCUGGCCUGCAUACCAGCAGAAACAGCUCGGUAGCUCAGUAAGUCAGGCAUCCUCGAACUCCGUAAGAAAUAGCGCCUUUCUCAUAUCAAGAAAAUAUGUUCCACUUAAAGAGUAUAGCAAGGACUCAGAGGGAACCAACGACCAAGAGUUUAAUGACUUUGUGGACCCUCACGUUCAUGCAGAAAAGGAAUCAUCUUCACAUUCGUAUAUUGUUGAAAAUGGCGAUCAGCGCUCAUUCAGUUUUUCACGUAACAGUAGUGCCAGUAACGCUUUGUUUGUAGCAGAUGAAGAUGAAGAUCCGGUCAUUCCACUCGUGCAACCCGAGAAAGAUAUUCCUAGAUCAAGCUCUAGGUCAAGAUCAAGAUCCAAAUCUAUAUCAGGUCAUGCAUUGCCCCAGUCUAAAUCAAAUAUGAGAAGCAGAUUUGAAAUGGACGGAGAUUCGGAUGACGAUUCAGAUGACGAUGGACCAAAAUUCAGCUUCAAACGUAGUCGACGGUAA